AUGGCGCUCAAAUUACAUCUGAAAAGAUUCACCGGCCUCAAGGAAAGAACGGUAUGGCAAGCGCGCGCUACAUUCAGAGGUAUGUCAUACCGGACGAAGUCUUGCGCGUUGGCUGCAGGCCAGGACGAAGCACGACUGGACGAGGUCUUCGAAUGGCCAAUCGGGAGACCUAUAGACCCUCAUGAGACACUUGACAUUCACCUCAUCAACAAGAGCAAAUACAACAUCGCGGGUGUCAACAGGAGCGUGGCCGGCACGUACCGCAUGGUGCUGCAAGAGUUGCUCACCCAGAAACAUCUCGUUAUCUGCGACGAUGUUCUCAUUGACCUCAACAAUCAGCCAACCUCUACAGGAGUCACCAUGGAACUACACUACGUCGUCCCCAAUGACUCUCUCUAUCAGGUCGAACAAUCUCUCAGCGAAUUGGAAAGGCAGUAUGCCGCCGCAAUCCAAAGUGCCCAAGCUUCAGGUCAAAGCAGCGACACGGAUACGGACGCGACUGGAGAGCGGCACACCUUGUUGAAAACUCGGAAACGAUCGAUGUCGAGCGCUGUGCGAAAUAUCGCCAAUAUCAUGAAACUAAAGCACAAAAGAAGAAGUUCACCCGGAGUCAGCGAUGACGAGGCGGAUGACUGCAGUGUAGCUAUAACGGUCGGUCCCACUAUCACUGGCGCACAGUACGGCUCGACCCACAGUAUUUUGCGGCAUAUGAGUGAUAACACGCUGGACAUGUUGGCCGCAGGGUCCCGUCUGGGCGCGGGUCCCGAGGACGCCCACGCGAUCACGAGUCCCGUCCUUGUCAAAAAAAUACGACCUACGGGUCUGGGCGACAGUCUCAAGGCUCAAGACUUUCAGAUAUGUGUUACAAUCAUCGAGGCCAGACAUCUCGCGGGAUUGAACAUGGACCCUGUCGUAUGUGUCCAAGUAGGAGAGCAGAGAAAAUACACUUCAGUCAAGGAGUCGACAAACUGUCCUUACUACAACGAGUACUUUGUUUUUGACUUCCACUGCGCCGAAGCUGUUCUCUUUGACAAAAUGGUUACAAUUACGGCUCUCCAUUCACGCAACUUGAUACGCUCGGGCAAAGUAAUUGGUACUUUCAAACUCGACGUCGCGACGAUAUUCCGACAGCCAGACCAUCAGUUCUGGCACAAGUGGGCGGUUCUGACCGAUCCCGACGAUAUGAGUGGAGGACCGAAAGGCUAUGUUAAAUGCGACAUUUCCGUUAUCGGCAAAGGAGAAGCCUCCAAGCCGCCUUCUACAAGUAGAUCUACUUCAGCCAAUCACGAACAAGACGACGACAUCGAAGGGAAUCUCCUGCUGCCAGAGGGAAUGCCCACAGAGAGACAACACGCGCGCUACAUCGUCUCAAUCCAUGAAGCAGAUGGACUCCCGAGAGCGAACGGAGGGAACUUGGUAGCUUCAGUGAAGAAGGUCUUAGCUCAAGAUAGUCAACGCCAGUUGAUCGACCCAUUCGUACAGGUCUCUUUCGCGGGUCUCACGGGCAAGACAUCGGUCAAGAAGAGUUGCUGCUCACCCGUAUGGAACGAGCAGAUUGUAUUCACGGAGAUGUUCCCCCCGCUCUGCCAGAGGAUUAAGCUGCAACUACGCGACAACGGGCCGGUCAAGGACUCGGUGAUCGCCACUCAUUUCAUCGACAUCUCAAAGAUUUCAAACGACGGAGACAAAGGCUUCCUGCCGACGUUCGGCCCUUGUUACAUUUAUCUAUAUGGAUCGGCACGAAGUAGCGACUCGGUGUUCCAAAGGGGCAGCGCUCACGCGCCUCUCAACGACGGCUUAGCGGAAGGAGUGAUGUAUAGAGGUCGUCUGCUGGUUUCCGUCCGAACUCAAGUUCUACCCGAAAUGGCAGUUAUGCAGCUUCCGCCUUCAGUUCAUGUUGAAGGUGCGCCGCCAAUCACGGAGGACAACCCAACGAAAAACGAGGAUUUCUUCCUGUCGGCCGUCAUCAUGGAGGGUCACAUGAUCGACAAACGCUUCGCCGACAAACCGGUUCAGUUCGAGCUGAGCAUCGGGAACGCGGGCAACACGCUCGACGGCGAGCACGGAGUGGACUCGAGCGAAUGGAAAUCCACGACGCCAUCGAUGAAGCCCACGAGCGGACCCGAGCCCGGCGACCAUCUGCACAUGGGCUUCGGGCACUGUAAGCCGGUUAUUUGGGUCCGGAGCAGCUGGCCGGAUUACAGACGCAGAUUAUACCUGUCAAAUAUGCUGCAUAGGUGAGUCGUAGGGCACCUAGCCAACAGAAUAUUCCCUCACCAGUUCUAGAGGAUCCUCGAGCGGCUCGAGUUCGGCGUGAGCGAUGUUUUGGAAAUGGUGAGGUUGGAACGAGGUGAUGCAGAUCGACGUCUCCGAGGAGUGCUCGAGCAGUUGGCAAGCGAUUGUGCGGCUUAUCUCCAGCAUUACAAGCAAGAACAUCCGUCGAAAAGCAGCACCAGAAAAAAAAUAUUCCAGAGAAGUAAGCUCGACCGUGAACGGGAACGGCAUUGCCAGCGUGAGGUCGAUCACAUGGGAACCAUGGCCCGUGCGAUGAAACCGCUCUUGAACCGGCACUCGUUCAAGGAGAAACUUCAGGCAACCCAGAUGUUCAUUCGGAAACUUAAAGAUAUCUGCGAGGAUGCGCAACAUUCGCUACCAGACGUUUUUGUCUGGAUGCUGGUCCAAGGUCGUCGAGUGGCCUACCAUAGGAUCCCGGCCCGGUUGAUUAUUUACUCAGUCCACGACGAGCAACGCGGAAGCCUCUGCGAACGGAGACAGACCUUCCUACUCAAGCCUGGCGGCGGUAACAAAAAACAGACGCCGAGCUCCGCGUGGAACGUCGAGGCUAACAUCGAGUUGUACAUCUGGCUAGGCCUUUGGUCAGAGAGGGACCAGUCGCUCCGCGGAGUGCCUGAGGGUUAUUCGAAUACGGGCGUCCCUUUCGAGAAGCUGCAAUACACGGAACGUUCGAAGUUCAUCUUGAGAGCUCAUAUGUAUCAAGCGAGAUCACUCAUUGCGUCCGACUCGUCGGGUCUUUCCGAUCCUUUCGCUCAGUUGCAUUUCUGCGGACAUAGCUCGUGCACCCAGGUCAUCGAACAAACGCUGAGCCCAACGUGGGACGAGAUGGUGCUUCUUCAGAAAAUCGAGCUUUGUGGGGAUUUGACCCAGCUUUCCGAAGACCCACCGUUGGUGGUCGUGAACGUGUUCGAUCAAGACAACGUGGGGAAAUGCGACUUCCUUGGACGCGCUAUGGUGAAGCCCCAUGUGAAGCUGGGGUUCACGGAGACUGAGUACAAGAUCCCCCAACUCGAGUGGCACGACCUUUAUCGAUCGCCGAACGAAAACGCGGGUCAACUCCUAGCGGUUUUCGAGCUCAUCGAGUGCAACUCGAUCACAGGCGACUCGGCGGGCCGCGUGGAAUCGGUUGAGCCGAUCUGGCGAAACGAGCGAGGCCCCGUGCUGCCGAUUCCGAAAAGUAUUCGCCCGACCCUCUCUCGGUACAAAAUCGAAUUUCUAUUCUGGGGCCUCCGAGACCUGCGUCGCGUCAAUCUUCUCAAAGUUGACCGCCCCAGGGUGGACAUCGAGUGCGGCGGCCACACCAUCCAGUCUUCGAUAAUCAACAAUUAUGCAAAGAACCCCAACUUCAGCAUGCCGAUUAAAACCAUCGACAUCGAUCUCCCCGAUCAGGAGAUGUACUGCCCGCCUGUCACCAUACGAGUUGUCGACUGCCGUAGUUUCGGCCGAUUUACGCUCGUCGGAACUCACGUCAUAAGCUCUAUCCACCGGUUUCUGACGGCGCAGGAAGCCUUUGAAAGCCAGAAGCGGGUCUUGGCUUUGAAGGCACAUCAAGUUCCCACCGAAACCCUCAUCGACGUCGAGGGUGGCACGGCAACCGCAGCGAACGGGGGCCCGAACGCCAAUUCCCAAAUCACUGUGAUACAUCUGAAUCCUUCGAAGGAUGCCAAGUUAUCAGACGGAAACCUGGCCAGCAACGAAGGUUCUGACCCUAGUUAUCAAAACGCCCUCACUAACACUGAAAAAGAACCUUGCAAGGGUAAGAAGAAACAGGCCAAGAAAAGGAAAGAGCGAGGGAGCAUGACGAGGAACGACGAUUUAUCCGAGGAUUCAAAAGAUUGGUGGAGCCGAUACUUCGCCUCGAUUCAGUCGCAGCACAAAAGCAAAGGAAAUCCAGACGACGGCUUUCACUCAGAUAGGCUCCGGAGUCUGUUUGAUCAGUACUCAAUGAUCAAGGUUUACACAUCGGAAUUAGAGUCCGUCCUGGAGUACAACGGCUUCAAGGAAUGGCUCGAGAGUUUCCAAUUACUGAGAGGGAAACGAACAGGUGACGAGAAUGACGAUGAGAGGAGAAUCGUCGGCAUUUUCAAGGGCUCUCUAAGGGUCCACAGAUAUCCGCUCUCCGGCGAUUGGGAGCCCCUCUCGAGAUCGGUGCCCAGUAAUGACCCGAUAAAAGUGCUCGUCCGAGUUUACAUCGUUCGAGCGACCGAUCUCCAUCCCGCCGAUCUGAACGGCAAAGCAGAUCCGUAUCUUGUGAUCAGACUCGGCCAGAACAAACUUAGCGACAAAGACAACUACGUGUCCAAACAACUCAAUCCAGUCUUCGGGAAAUGCUUCCAGUUCGAAGCAAUAUUCCCACACGACUCGCUGCUCCACAUUCAGGUUUUCGAUUGGGACUUAUUGGGACGUGAUGAUCUCAUUGGUGAAACCAAAAUUGAUCUCGAGAACCGUUUCUAUUCGAAGCAUAGAGCGACGUGUGGGCUUCCUCUGAAGUAUGACACUGAAUCCGGCCAAAAUCAAUGGAGGGACCCGCUGAAACCAUCCCAGAUUCUUCAGAAAAUCUGCAAGGAACAGAAAGUUGAUGGGCCCCAUUGUCUUCCACCCGGUAACAGGGUUCGCGUCGGUCCGCGAACGUUCGUUUUUAAGACCGACGAUCAAGAAUUUGAUGGGAUACAUCACAGCAAAACUUCCAAGAAACAACGACAGGAAAACUAUGAGCACAUGUCUCUUGCCAUUCUCCAUCGAUGGUCUGAAGUUCUCGAAGGAAACGCUCUAGUGACUGAGCACGUGGAAACGCGACCACUUUUCCAUCCCGAGAAAGCGGCUGGAAUCGAACAGGGAAAACUUGAUAUGUGGGUUGAUAUGUUCCCGAUGGAUACCGGACAGCCGCUUCCCGGGCCGCCCGUCGACAUUUCUCCGAGGAAACCGAAAAGCUUCGAGUUGCGGGUCAUCAUAUGGAACACGGACGAAGUCGUCUUAGAGGACGACGCCUUUUUCACGGGCGAGAAAAUGUCUGAUAUCUACGUGAAAGCAUGGCUCAAAGGGCCGGAAGAUACUCAGAGCACAGAUAUCCACUAUCGCUCGCUCACUGGCGAAGGGAACUUCAACUGGCGUUUUGUGUUCCCUUUCGAGUAUUUGCCUGCGGAGGAGAAGAUUGUCAUAUCCAGAAAGGAAUCGCUUUUUUCUUGGGACGAAACAGAGUCUAAAAUUCCUGCGAGACUGCAGCUACAAGUUUGGGAUGCGGAUCAUUUCUCUGCCGAUGAUUUUCUUGGUGCUCUCACCCUCGAUUUAAACAGGUUUCCUCGUGGUGCUAAGACGGCCGCACAAUGCAGCCUGGAUAUAUUGAGGCCUGACGCGCCCCAUGUGAGCAUUUUUAAGCAGCGCCGCAUAAAAGGCUGGUGGCCUUUCUUCGUCAAACGUUCGGAUGAUCAGCAGAUGGAACUCACAGGGAAAGUCGAAGCUGAACUCCACUUACUGACUGGCGAAGAAUCUGAGCGGAAUCCAGCUGGCCUCGGCCGCUCGGAACCGGACCCACUCGAAAAACCCAAUCGGCCGGAUGCAUCGUUUGUAUGGUUUCUGAACCCUCUGAAAUCCGUGAAGUACAUCGUUUGGCAUCGAUACAAAUGGUUCAUUCUUAAAGCCAUCCUCAUAUUCCUUCUCGGGCUGAUGUUGGCCUUGUUCGUGUACUCUAUACCCGGAUAUACUGUCAAGAAAAUGCUGGGUGCUUGA